GAAUUUCAAGGUGACAGACAUGUCUCCAAAUUCUAUCCAAACACAGCUUCACGAACCAGCUAUCCAUCAUGGCCUCGAUCGCGGCAUCUCUGGCGUCGGCCCUCCCGAAACCCAAGUACACCGGCGAAGAUGAGGAGAUCCCUUCGCGUGCCAAACAGCGCGGCCCGCGUAUCGUUGGGGCUGGUCAGCUGGACGAGACGCAAAUCGUGCUGAAGCGAUCCGGUCCGCCCCCAUACCAGCAGCGAGCAGGAUGGCGACCGCGAGGACCCGAAGACUUUGGAGACGGCGGCGCGUUCCCCGAGAUCCCGAUCGCCCAAUACCCUCUCGACAUGGGGAAGAAGGGCUCGACAUCCAGCAACGCGCUCGCCAUCCAGGUCGACGCCGAGGGCAAGCUCGACUACGGGGCUAUUGCGCGUCAGGGCCACAGCGAAAGUCGGAUCGUCCAUACCUCGUUCAAGGACCUCAUCCCCCUUCGUCAGCGCGCCGACGCGGGCGAGAUUGACCUGAGCCGACCGAGCCAAGAGGAGGUGGCGGCGACGGCGGAAAAAACAAAGAAUGCACUGGCAGCGCUGGUCAGCGGCGCUGUCGCCUCCCAGAAGCCCAAGACCCUCAGCGUCGGAAAGCGAAACGACCCCACGUUUGUGCGAUACACGCCGGCGGACCACAUGGGGGACCAUUCCAAGAAGCAGGAUCGCAUCAUGAAGAUUGUCGAGCGCCAGAGAGAUCCGCUGGAGCCUCCCAAGUUCAAGCACAAGAAGAUUCCUCGCGGACCCCCCAGCCCGCCCCCUCCGGUCUUGCGAUCGCCACCACGGAAGUUGACGGCCAAGGACCAGGAGGAUUGGCGCAUCCCGCCGCCGGUCUCCAACUGGAAGAACCCCAAGGGUUUCACGGUCCCCCUGGACAAGAGACUGGCAGCCGACGGCCGCGGUCUGCAGGACGUGGCGAUCAACGACAAGUUUGCGCAGUUUUCGGAAGCGCUGUACGUCGCAGACAGGCACGCUCGCGAAGAGGUCCGACAGCGCGCAGCCAUGCAACAGCGCCUGGCAGAGAAGGAAAAGGCACAAAAGGAAGAGAACCUCCGGAUGCUGGCCCAGAAAGCUCGCGAAGAGCGUGCGGGCGCCGGCAGACGGGAUUCGAGAUCGCGGUCGCGGUCGCGGUCACGCAGCUACAGCGGGUCCGAUUCAGAGGACUCGGAGGAGUCCGAGGUCCGGGAGAGAGAGAGAGCAAGGAAGGAGAGGAUGCGCGAGGAGGAGAGGAAGCUUCGGCAGUCACGCAUGGGGGCCGAGAGGAGAGUCCAGGUCAUGGCCAGAGAACAAAACCGAGACAUUUCGGAGAAGAUCGCGCUCGGCCUCGCCAAACCCACACAGUCCAAGGAAACCAUGUACGACUCGCGGCUGUUCAACCAGUCCAGUGGCUUCGAUAGCGGCUUCAACGAGGACAACCACUACGACAAGCCGCUGUUUGCGGCGCAGGAUGCCAUCAGCAGCAUUUACCGGCCACGGGCCAACAUGGACGACGAAGAGGACGAGGCAGCGGGCGACAAAGAGAUGGCCAAGAUUCAGAAGUCUAGCCGGUUCGGCGAGGCUCUGGGCAGAGGCACGUUUAAGGGUACAGAAGAUGUCGAGGCAAGAGAGGGACCCGUUCAGUUUGAGAAGGACGCUGGAGAUCCUUUCAACGUGGACAAGUUCCUGUCCGAGGUGGAGCAGAAUUCUUCGUCAAAGAGAGGAUACGGGCUUCAGGACGACGACUCGUCCCGGCAGCCGAAACGGGCGCGGGUAGAAGAGGACGACGAUUAAAGGAUUGCAUUAUCCGACACGCAAGGCAUAAGAAGGCUAGUCAGGCUUCGGUGCAAGACAGGGCGGGACUCUUGGCCGGCACCGAGAUGGCAACUCGUCCAUAGCAAUCGGAAACGGCCGUAAACCGCAGCACUGAAAGACGCCUCCAUGCGAGGCAGACUGCAGACGAAGAAGGCGAAGAGAAAGAAAUCCGAUCAGCAGUGUACAAAAUUCUAAUUUCAGGGCGAGGCCUGGUGAAGAAGGGAUGCUUGCGUAUGUAGACCCGGGCGUGUUUUAGGGUGAAAGGGGGGGGGGGUGGAAGCCGACUGGUGAGUUCGCAGCGACGUUCAUCGUUUCAAAGACGGCGGUUUUCAAUGCGGAUCUAUCUCUCUGCCUGGCUGUUUCUACUUAUGUGUUUUGGCGCCUUCAAGCCGAGGACCGGACGACUCGGGCCACUCUGGCACAUCCUGGCACGGGGCGACGCGGCCGGUCUGACAGGCUUUUUUGUCGGUUGGGGUUCGGCAAUACUUGUCAGAGAGAUAUCGGUUGUAGUGACAGUCGCGGAUCGUCAUUGGUGCUUCUUGCAUUGGCUGUUCGAAUAGACACAAGAGAACAUCGGGCGGAGAGAUUGAGAAAUGAGACGGAGAUCAGGCAGGGGUGGGAAACAUGGGAGAAGGUCGGGGCAUUGGACGUUCCGGCCGCCAUUUACGUUUGGUUACAACUCACGUAGCUCCAUUUGACAGGUCCUUUGGAAACCGGUGCUCAUCUCUCUUGCCUUUUCCAAGCUCGCGGUCGGAGAAUCGCCCACGUCUUAGACGGCGGACGGUGGCCGUUGGAUGCCAACGAUGUAAUGGUCAGUGUCUUGGGCGGCCAGAGUAGGAAACAAAGGGAGAAAGAUUUUGUCUAUUA